AUGAAGAUAGGAAACUUGUAUUUCUCAUUCACAAAUCCAUCUUUCUUUAUGCUGCUAACUCUCAGUUUGGUCCUACUUCUGGUUUAUUUUGUUACUAAAAAGGGAGGAGGAAACUCAGUACCAAAUGCUUGGCAAUCCUUGGUAGAGCUUAUUUAUGAUUUCGUGCCGAACCCGGUAAACGAACAAAUAGGUGGUCUUUCCGGAAAUGUUAAACAAAAGUUUUUCCCUCGCAUCUCGGUCACUUUUACUUUUUCGUUAUUUCGUAAUCCCCAGGGUAUGAUACCUUAUAGCUUCACAGUUACAAGUCAUUUUCUCAUUACUUUGGGUCUCUCAUUUUCUCUUUUUAUUGGCAUUACUAUAGUGGGAUUUCAAAAAAAUGGGCUUCAUUUUUUAAGCUUCUCAUUACCCGCAGGAGUCCCGCUGCCGUUAGCACCCUUUUUAGUACUCCUUGAGCUAAUCCCUCAUUGUUUUCGCGCAUUAAGCUCAGGAAUACGUUUAUUUGCUAAUAUGAUGGCCGGUCAUAGUUCAGUAAAGAUUUUAAGUGGGUUCGCUUGGACUAUGCUAUGUAUGAAUGAUCUUUUCUAUUUCAUAGGGGAUCCUGGUCCUUUUUUUAUAGUUCUUGCAUUAACCGGGCUGGAAUUAGGUGUAGCUAUAUUACAAGCUCAUGUUUCUACGAUCUUAAUCUGUAUUUACUUGAAUGAUGCUACAAAUCUCCAUCAAAGUGGUUAUUUUUUUAUAAUUGAACAAAAGCGAGGAGCGAGUUGA